UUCAUAACCUUGAAGCAGCGACAGAAGCACAACCCUCGAGUUUGUUCUCGUUCAGCAUCGUCCCAGCAGCAGCCUUAGAGUUGGUUCUCGCUCGACGAGUCCCGCGCUCCGUUCGUAUAAAACUAGCGAGUCACUUGUACCUACUCUAGCUUUCUCGGACGUCCGCUCGUCGCUCAUACAAACAUAUCGUUUCACCACAUCGGCGGAAUCUCUGUGCUUGAGGGCUGUCGGUUCAGAAACCUCGAAUAUUGGCAUUUCGAAUCGUUUCCACAACGACGGCGAUAUAGCCGAACCAUCUUUAGCCGCGUCAGUAAAACCCGACCUUUCCGGCGCGCGCCGAAUGCAUUAGUCCCUACCGGCGACGGCGACUGCGAUUUCGACUGCGACUGCGACAGUGUCAGCGACGGCGAUGGCAGCAGCAGACGGCGAGAACGAGGAGGUGAUGUACGACGAUAUCGGGAGCGACCUGGGGGGGAGUGAGAGCGACGAGGAGGCGGAGGAGGCGGACGAGGAAGGCGAGGAGGAGGGGGAGAGGGACGAGGAGGUGGACCUGGAGGACGGCAGCGACGCGGAGGGAGAGGCAUCGGCGGCGGCGGCGAAGGAGGGCUCUAAAGGGUCGCCAUUGUCGGAUCGCGAGGGGCCAUGGACGGACGACGAGGUGCAGGCGUUGGUGGACCACCUGGUUCUGCUGGAGGAACAGGCGGCAGAGGCGCAAGAGUCGUUGGAGGAGGAGUCUCUGGCUGCUGUGCGACGCAAUGUGGCGGAUGAGAUCCGCUCCUCGCGCCCCGACUGCUCCCCCGACCAGGUGGCAGUGCUGGUGGACGAGGAGAUGGCGACGCUGCAGGAGAUGUGGGAGAGGGAACUCAAUGCAUUGCUGGAUAAGAUAUCCGAGGCGCAGGAGUGUCUGGACGCUGUUCCCGGCGUUGAUCUGCCGGCCAUAUACGCGUUCAUCGAGGCCCACACGUCGUCAGCAGCACGCACGGCCGCGUGGAGGGAGCGCUCGCACUGGAUCACUGACCCUAAGCGCAACGCCGCCAAGGCUGAGGCUCGGCGCAAGCGGGAGGCUUGGAGGAGGGCCGAGGCUCGGGCGGCGGAGCGGAGACGGAGCAAGCGGGAGGGCAAGAGGAAACGGGAGGACGAGGGGGGGAAGGAGGGAGAGGGGAGAGGGGGAGAGAGUGAGGAGGAAGAGGAGGAUGAGGAUGAGGAGGAGGAGGAGGAGGAGGAGGAGGAGGAUGAGGCGGAUUGGGUGGGGGCUGCUGAGAAGGUUCUAUCCAAGGCGCGGCCGGUGUUAGAAAAGAACGGCGGGCCUGCGGCGUUUGGAGCGAGUGGGUAUCUGGAGCACCUGUUGCACGACUGUGAGGCGAAGAUGGUCGACGCAGCCACUAAGGCUGCGACUGACGCCCUCCAGGCAGACACGCCAACAGCGGCUGACGCAGCAGCAGCAGCAGGAGCAGCAGGACCAGCAGCAGCAGCCGCUGCAGCUACUGAUGCGGACAGCAAUGAGGAUGGUGCAGGUGUGAGUUGUAAAAAACAGGAGACAGAAGCAGAAGCCGCAGCAGCAGCAGCAACUGGAGCAGGGCAGCGACAAAGCGCAUCACGAGCAGCAGCAGCGGCAGCCGUGCUCAAGACAUGGAACGUAUUCGAUUCAGCCGUGGCUAAAGCUGUCUCUCUCGCCAGCGCUUCUGCAGCAGCAGCCGCAGCGGCAGCAGCGGCCGCUGGGGGGGGCGCAGGGAAAGGAAGGAAGAGCAGCAAAGCUGCUGCUGCAGCAGCAGCGGCAGCAGCAGCCGCGGCAGCAGCUGCUGUGGCUGCUCGGCCGGAGUUUGAGGCGCUGAGGGUGUAUGCGGCAGGGACGCCUAGUGAUGCGGCCGCUCUGGAGUUAGACGCGAAGGUGGAAGAGAUAGCUGAUUUGAAGGUGGAGAAGGAGGUGAAGGUUGCUAUGGCGGUGAUGGAGGAAGGGAAGACGGGGCUCACGCCGCAGCAGAUCGCCAGCAUGGUUAAGAUUGGCGAUGAGGACGAUGAGAAGAAGAUGAAGCGAGCGAGGAGGAGGGUCCGGGAGCGGGUGAAGCGGCAGCAGCAGAGGCAGAAGCAGCAGCAGCAGGGGCAGGAGGGGGCAAAAGAGGGUGCUGUCAAUGGCAAGCAGGGCGCAGCAGAGAAAACGUCACCAGGGAAAGCACAGGUUGCUGGGGAGAGCAAGGGGGGCAGCGGGGAGGGAGAGGAGGAGAGGGAGAGAAAACGGCCACGGGUGGUGCUGGUGGUGUCCAGUGACAGCAGCGAGGGCAGCGACAGUGAGGGUGUGGAGGUGAUUCUUAGCGGCAGCAAUCAUGGCAGUAGGAUGGAGGUGGAUGACAAGGUAGUGGACGUCGACAGCCAAGAGUCGGACGACGUGAUCGUGGUUGGGGAGACGCCUAGGAGGACAGACCUUAGGGGGGCGGCUCAGGAUGCAGUGAAGGGAUCAGGUUUUGUGGCGCGGGCAGGGAAGACGAAGGGGAUGAAGGAGGGUGGGAAGGAGGAGGAGGCGGAAGAGGAGGAGCAGUGUGUGAUCCGCUGCACGGUAUGCGGGCUGGAAGCACCAGCCAAGAAGGCCCGUGUGCAUAGCACCCUGUCAGUCCCCCUCUGCCGCGCCUGCCACGUGUCACGAAUCAACGUGACCUUCUCUGUUGACCAAUCGGACGGCACAGAGCAGCAGUGCCACUGGUGCGGGCUAGGAGGGCACUUGCUGCUCUGUGACACGCCUGGCUGCCGCUACACGUUCUGCCGCAGCUGCAUCCUCAGGAACUUCGGUGCUGCGGAGUACAGAAGGAUAGAGAGCUCUGACGCGGAGGGGGGGAAUCCGUGGAAUGGCACUGGCAGCAGCAAGCGCAGGAGGCGGGCGCAGAUCAUAAGCGAUGAUCAGCUGGGAGCCAAGACGCAGCAGGCGCUGGAGCGAGAACGGCGCCGGCGGGAGCAGGAGGAGGAGUGGCGGAGGAUGAGGGAGGAGCGGGAGAAGAUGAAGGAGCAGCCGCUGUGGAGGCAGAGGAGGCGCAGGAGAAUGAUGGAGGAAGGGAAGGGCGGGGAGGACGAGGAGGAGGAGGAGCAGGUGCAGGAGGACGGGUGUGUGGUGAUCAAUAAGCUGCGGGCGCUGUCUGAGCCUGCCGUGCGCAUUCAUCCCUUCCUGUCGGAGUCACUCAAAGACCACCAGGUGGAGGGCGUGCGUUUCAUGUGGCAGAACUGCAUCCACAGCAUGGCGCUGGUGCAGGGCGGCGACCCCGGGUUCGGGUGCAUCCUGGCGCACUCCAUGGGGCUGGGGAAGACCCUCCAGGUGAUCACCUUCGUUCACACGGUUCUCAACCAGUUCCACCAGCACGGGCUGCGCACCGUGCUCGUGGUGGCGCCUGUCAACGUGCUGCACAACUGGAAGGAGGAGUUCCGCAGGUGGAUGCCAGUGGUUGGGAGCGGUGCUGCUGCCGGGGGAGAAGGAGGGAAGGGAGGAGGAAGGGGAGAAGGAGGGGGGGUAGGAGGGGGAGUGGGAGCGGGGGUUGGAUUGGCAGGGCCAGCGUCGUGGUCUGGGCCGAAGGGCGGCCAGGAGGAGCAGAGGGAGGAGGUGGAGAUACCGGUGUAUCUGCUGGACGAUGCUGGCAGGACGAACGCGGAAAGGGCGCGGCAGCUGCGGCGGUGGAAGGAGGGGGGCGGCGUGAUGCUGAUCGGCUACCAGGCGUUCCGCCUGCUGUGCCUGGGCACGCACGUGCAGAAGGAGCAGCUCCGACAGACCUUUAGAACGUGCCUGCAGGACCCCGGUCCAGAUCUCCUGGUGUGCGACGAGGCGCACACGAUCAAGAACGACAAGGCGGACACCACCAUCGCGCUCAAGUGCGUGCGCACCAAGCGCCGCAUUGCGCUCACGGGGUCGCCCCUGCAGAACAACCUUACUGAGUACUACUGCAUGGUGGACUUUGUGCGAGAGGGCACGCUCGGCACGCCACAUGAGUUUAAGAACAGGUUUGAGAACCCCAUAAUCAACGGGCAGCGAUCAGACUCGGACAAGUCCGACGUUAGGUUGAUGCGGCAGCGCUCGUACGUGCUGGCGAACCUGCUCAAGGGUUUCGUGCAGCGCCGCUCCGCGGAUGUGGUGGCCCAUGAGCUGCCCAACCGCUUUGUGUACGUGCUCGCCGUGCGCCUCUCCCCGCUGCAGCGCAACCUCUACCUCCGCUUCUUGGCGUACCGCAAUAAUGCUGUCGCUGCCGCUGCUGCUGGCGCUGCUGGUGCUGCUGCUGUGGGUGCCGCCAAAGCUUCUGCCGCCGCUGCUGCUGGCGCUGCAAUAGGUUCAUCACCCACCCCCAACGGAGCUCCCUCCAUCUCCCCACCGCCGCCUGGCACCUCGUCUCCCAUCUCCCCUCGCCCGCACCCACCUGGCUCCGCCUCGGCCCCAGUCUCCUCCCAUCCCUCUACAUUUGCCUCUGCUCCCUUUGCCUCCUCUGCUCCUCGCACCUCCCCCAAGCUCGCUGCCUGCUCUAGUGGACGGCUCUCGCCCUCGGGAAGGAAAGCAGCAGACGCUGGUGGUGGUGCUGGUGGUGCUGGCGGUGGUGCCGGCGGUGGUGGUGCUGGUGGUGCUGGCGGUGGGGCGGCAGCAGUGGGGGUUGCCGAUGACAAGAGGAGGAUGCUCUUCGUUUCGUAUGCUGCACUUGCCAAGGUGUGGACGCACCCGUUCAUCCUCACCAUGCGGCGCCAGGAGGCGGAGGAGCCUGAGGCAGACGCCGACACGCCUGCUGAUGCCGCCUCGCCUCUAUCCACACCCGCUGCUGCUGCGGCUGCGGCUGCUGUGUCCGCCCUUGACAAUUCGUGGUGGCAGGAGGAGGAGGAGGCGAUACGGCAGGGCGGGUUAGGGGUGAGUGGGAAGCUCACCCUAGCGCUGGACAUACUCACGCAGGCGGCAGCUCUGGGCGACAAAGUGCUCUUCUUCUCGCAGUCGCUGCUUACCCUCGACCUGCUCGAGUUGCUGCUUGCUGAUAUGCACGACCCACCGGCACCGGGUGCUGGGGUUGCUGGUGGUGGUGGUGGUGGUGAUGCUGGUGCUGGUGUGGGCGCCAAGUGGACGGCAGGCGUGCAUUGGUACAGGAUCGACGGGUCAGUAAGUGCAGCGCGUCGGCAGAACAUAGUGAACCGGUUCAACGAGCCGCGCACGAACAAGCAGGCGCGGUGCGUGCUCAUCUCCACACGGGCGGGCUCCGUGGGGAUCAACCUGGUGGCCGCCAACCGCGUCGUGCUGCUCGAUGGGUCCUGGAACCCCGCGCACGACCUACAGGCCAUGUUCCGCGUGUGGCGGUACGGCCAGACCAAGGAGGUGUUUGUGUACCGCCUACUAGCAGCAGGCACCAUGGAAGAGAAGAUAUACAACCGACAGGUGGUGAAGGAGGGGCUAGCAGCGCGCGUGGUGGACGAGCAGCAGGUGGUGCGGCACUUCACCGACCGCGACCUGGAUGGGCUGUUCACGCUGGAUGAUGACGACGAUGCUGGUGCGCCGGCACACAAGCAGCACCACUCAGACUGGCAUGCAGAGAAGCAGCAGGGAGAGACGAAGGAGGGGGGGAAGAAGGGGGGGGAGAAGAAGAAGCAGGGAGAGAAGAAGGAUGGGGAGAAGCGGGGAGAGAAGGAGAAGGGCGAGAAGCGAGAAGGAGAGGGGCGCGGGCCAGUGCAGGCAGAAGGGGAAAUAGCAGAUGCUAUCAUGAGGAAGAUCCUCGCAGAUCACAAAGCAAAGUGGAUUGCUAGGUGGCACGAGCACGAACCUUUGCUACGUGAGGUGGAGCAUCAGCUGACCAAGGAGGAGCAGGAGACAGCUAUGAAAUCGUACUGCGAUGCGGAGGACAAGGAGACGAUAGAGAACACUAAAUUGCUACAUCUUGGCUGCACAUUUCAACCAGGACAGUUUAUCCUGCUCCCCCCUCUUGGUGCUCCUGGCGUUGGUGCUGGUGGCUUUGGUGGCGGUGCUGGUAUGGGGAAAGGCGCGAUGGGUAGAUAGUUGCAGGGAAGCGUGCUUGUGCAUUGGUUCUAAAUGUGUUCAUAUGUGUUCAUUGACUAGCAUUAAUGCGUGUAUUCCUCAUUUUCUUACA